AUGAAAAGCGGUGAUAUUGUUUCAACUUCCAAUCAAAAUCUUCCAUACAUCCAAACUCUUAUAAGCUAAUUCAAGAAAAAAGCUUCAAUCACAGACAUCUCGAAUUAGAGUUAAAAUGAUGAAAAUUAGAAAGUAAGAUAAACUAAUUCAACUCAUGAAGUAAUCACAAGUCCAAGACAAGUACUUGAUUUGUAAGAACAAUAAUUAGAUAAUAUUGCAAAAUCUAUUUUUGACAAUGAUUAUUUCUCUGAGCCUGCCCCAGAUUUGGAUGGUUCAUUCGAAAGUUAUUCUGAUGAUGAUUCUUUAGAUUAAAUCAUUGAUCAAUAAGAGUAAUAUCAAGUUUUAGAGUUAAAUGAAUAAGAUUCAGGCAAUUAAGCAAGUCUAUUUCAGCGUAAUUAUAAUGGAAAUAUGGCUGAGCCAAAAAUCAAAUAAAAUUCUUAAUCUAAAAAGAUUUUGGAUAAAACAAAGCGCAUCCAUAAAAAUAAAGGGGAAAAUAGCAAAAUAAGUAGGGUGCCUUGCAAAAAUAUAAGCAAAAACGAUAGUAGAGAUUCAUCUCCUGAUCUACGUCUUAAAUAUAAUUUAGAGAAAGUGAAAAGAGCUAAAAAUCGCAAGAUUGGUAAAAAUUCCUAACUAAUUACUAACAAGGCACCAAACUUAGUUGUUCAAAAUACUUUGGAAUCCUCGCAAAACUAUUAAUAUUUCGCUAACAGAAUUUACGAUACAACUUAUAUGUUGAACGCCCUAAAUUCACAAAUAAUAUAUUUGUAUUAAUAGCUCUACUCAAUUCAAGGUUGUACAAACACAACUUUAUAAAAUUAAAAAUGGAGUACAGAUUAGAGCUCUACUGAGAAGCUUAACAUAGAUCCCUCAAAUUCCUAAAGCAAUGGUAUUGAGUUGGAUAGCAGAUCAAUAGCUUUACAGAAUGAAAUAUAUCGCUAAAUUUAAGCUCUCUCUUAUCAAUAUUACCAUAUUUAAAGCCAAAAUCCUUUCAUAACUUAAUAAAGUCUUAUUCCAAGAGGAUAAGACUCUAGCUAAAAUUAGCUAGAUAUUGAUAGAAACAAUCAUUAAAACUCAUAACUACUUUUCAGUAUUAAUGAUGGAAAUACUUUUAAUAGUAAAGACUCAAACACAACUUGCUCAACCUAAUAUAGCGUUGAUAAAUGA